AUAAUGCCACUGAUUUUGCUUGAGGUAACAGACAAAAGAUAUUUGUAGUUGUAUUGUGUCCAAAGGUGAAACGAUUGCUUAGUCAUACUGGCCACUUGUCUUUCUAUCUUUCUUUUUUUUCUUUUUUUUGGCAAAGAUAAUAGACAUGCUCGUAUUUCCCUACUUGUUUCUGAGCGUUUGUUCCUGAAGUGACUCUCUCUUUUUAGCGGGGUAAAUUGUGCACACGGUCCUUUUAACCAAUUCAAAACACACAGUUCUUUUUUUUAUAUUUUUUUUUUUCCCUUACACUAACAAGAAACCCUUAAAGAUGACUGAACAUGAACAAAAGAGACAACGAGUCAGCAAAGCUUGUGAGCAAUGUCGUAAAAAGAAAGUAAAAUGUGACGGAACUUCCCCACUUUGUACCAACUGUGUUUCACUUGGUAUUCAGUGUACAUACAAAGAAUCAACAAAAAAAAGAGGACCACCAAAGGGAUAUAUUGAAGCUAUCGAAGGUCGAUUGCACAGAUUAGAAGCUCUGUUAGGGAGUAUUGUGCAGGAGGAUGACCCACGUUCACAAGCGAUACUUGCAGAAUUAAAUUCACCUCUAGAAACUGCCUAUGGAGAACUCAUUCGACCAAGGCCUAUGCGUAGAGAGACUAUCACAGAAUAUGAAGUAGAGGAUCGGCUGAUGAAGCAAGAUAUGAAUGAAAUCAAACCAAGCCAAUUAUUGGAUAGCGAUGAUUCGAAUCAUACAGAUAAUAUAGAUGAGAGUGGUCAGCUGCGUUACUAUGGCAAAACAUCUGGAUUUUAUAUGCUACAAAAUAACAAGAACUUUCAAAACAAACUUUUACACUUUAAUUCAAGAAAGCGUCAGACCUUGAGUCAAUCACCACCACCACCAUCAUUAGCUGUAGUGGAUCCAUUCGAAAUGCCGCCAAAGGACUUGAGUGACCAUCUGCUCGACCUCUAUUUUAACAAUUUCUAUUCACUAUUGCCUAUCCUUCAUAAACAGUCAUUUAUGCAAGCACUAAGUCGAAACGAGGCACCGCCUCUAUUACUAAACGCAAUUUAUGCUGUAGCCUCUCGUGUGUCAUCCGAUGCUCGUGUAAGGGCUGAUCCUUCAAAGCCAGAAACAGCUGGAGAUGUCUUCUUUGAAAGAGCACGCUUACUGUUAGACCUUGAAUGGGACAGUUUUAAAUUGUAUACAAUUCAAUCAUUACUGCUGAUGAGUAGUCAUCAAAAUGGAGCUUUGAAGACAACAAGGGGGUGGCUUUACAGUGGCAUGGCUAUCAGAAUGUCACAAAAUUUAGGUUUACAUCGCAACUGUGACAAUUGGAACUUGACAUCCACAGAAAAAGAGGAACGAAAGCGCGCAUUUUACGGCUGCUUUAUUGUCGAUCGACUGUCAUGUGCUAUGCAUGGAAGAUCACCUAUGAUUGACGACCGAGAUUAUGAUACACCUUAUCCGUCAGAAAACGAUCAAGAUGAUGUGAACCGUACGCCACGUAUCAUGGAAAAUUUUCAUUACCUGAUCAAGAUUUGUGAAAUCUUGGGUGAGGUCAUUCGAGAUCUUUACAUGGUCAAGGGCAGAAAACAUCUAUCACUGAUGCCAACACCUGAUAGUAUUGUCUCAGCGUUGGAUAAGAAAUUAAACAAGUGGAUGGCCAAAUUACCUCCCAGUCUACAGUAUCGACCACCCAACACUCGGCUGAAUGAACGUGCACCGGCACCGACGAUAGAACUCUGUCAGUUACACAUGUUAUUCUAUACAACACUCAUCUUGACUCACCGGCCCUUUAUUCCCGGUCACUCACAAACUGUCGCACCAUCCGUGUUCCCCUCAGCUUCCAUUUGUACGUUUGCGGCCAAUAAGAUAUCAGACAUUGCAGAAUCACUAUUAGCAGAGUCUAGAUUGACCCGUGUGAAUAACUAUGCUCUGUUCUUCAUGUUUACAGCAGGCAUCAUCUUUAUCCAUAAUGCAUCUUCGCCUGACUCUAUGUUUGCAUUUGAAGCCAAAAUCAGUAUCAACAAGAUCAUACGUGCUAUGGAUGAAGUCGAAAAGACAUGGAUUACUUCAGCCAGACAUUGUAAUAUCUUGGGCGCGCUGGCCGGGCUACGAGAUAUUGAUUUAGAAUGUGUCGAUGAAAGCUAUACCCGUUCACAACAAAAGAAGCGACAUAGAACUGAGGCAUCCAUCGCAGUUCCUAAUUCUCCAGAACCGGAUUAUCAGCAAAUGGAAGAAAAGUACUAUAUGGAUAGCAGUGCAAGUACUGGAAGCACUCGAUCUCCACAUACAGAUGAAAUAGUGACAAUAAAUAAUAAUAAUAAUACAGCAUAUAACUUAUUACCUCAUGAACAACAACAACAACAACAACAACAAACAAUACCUCAGCAUUAUCAAGAAAACGAUACAAUGUUUGAUCCAAAUGCUACCGCAUUCUGGGAAAUCCCCAUGUCCUUUGAUAUUGACGAAUGGAAUAGUUAUUUUAAUAAUCAAAAGGGUCAACAACAACAACAACAACAACAAAAUAACCAAGAUUAUCCUAUUUAUUUACGGUCAGAAUCAUCAAAUCCUUAUAGCACAAGAACAUCAGACCAACCCUAUCUUUAA